AUGGACUCUAUCCUAUCACUCAACCCAAGCGAAUGGAGAAAGAUUGGAAAUGGUGUCUCGGGCUUUGUCCUCGUUUCAGAAAACCACAGGGUCACCAAAAUUGCCGCUAAACUAAUCCCGGUGGGCAAAAACGAGCAAAGCGAUGAAAAGAUUAAAGAGGAGCUGAAAGCCCUGAUUGAACUUCGACACGAGAAUAUCAUCUAUUUUUAUCGAACCGUUAGGGCCGAAUUUUUGGGGCAACGACAUCAUAUGCUCGAGAUGGAAUAUUGUGAGAGAGGUUGUCUACGGACAGUGAUGAAAGAUCCUACAAUUAUCUAUAAUAUUUCGACGGUUUUGGGCUGGGCGGAGAUGCUAUUUUCAGUGUUAAAAAAGCUCAAAGAAAAGCAAAUGGUCCAUCGAGAUUUCAAACCAGAAAACGUGUUGGUUACAAAAGAUUUCAUUCUGAAAGUGGCCGAUUUUGGAUUGGUUCGGGACUUGACGCGAAUAGACACCGUUUCGACCGUUGGAACUGACCUUUAUAUGAGUCCCGAAUUGCUUGUUCCUUAUGGACAGAAUGCACAAGUGACCUGUCAAAGUGACAUUUAUGCAGUUGGACUCAUUUGUUGGGAGAUUGUCGAACGAAGGUGUGACGAUGGUGUGACGAUGUUAUGGGAGAUGAGAAACCAAAAUUUAAAACUGAAACCGCCAUGCUGCGAUGACCCGUUGAAGUCAAUAAUCAUGGGAUGUAUGCAAAUUGAUCCAUCGGCUCGACCUACUGUAGAGCAAGUCUACCCGAAGAUUGUGGAUAGCAUAAAGAGUUCCCAGAAAUACGCAUUUGAGCCCGUGAUUGAUCAAACUCAAAAAUGGAUUCUUAAACCUUUGGGGUUUCCCAGCGAGGAUAACAGUGUUGAUGGCCUCGACAUUUCAUUGCCUACACCCGAUUCUACUCAAGAUCUUCGGGAAGUGAACGAGGAAAAUGUAAACGAUUCUUCCAAAGCAGGUCGCUCGAAACAAACAACAAGUCAAAUCAAAAAAGUCGAUUCAAUCCACCAGCAAGAAUUCGGUCAAGAGGAUAAUCAAACAGCUGAAGAACGAGUUUCCAUACAAUUUCCACUCGAUAAACGUGUUGAAAGAAAGCCUGGUCGAAGCCAUAUAUUUGACUCAAAUAAACAUCAACAGCAAGAUAGCAAUAGCAAAGAGGUGGCGAUUGAUCACAACUUCACACCGGUAACUCAAGAUACAGCCAUUGGCGGAUAUGCAAAACCUUCACUUCGCGAACCUUCCAACCAAAACAUACAUUUGACGAAUAGUCAACAAAUUUUGAAUCAACUGAAAGUCAUAAGUGGAAAUGCUGAAAAUCUUGGGAAGUUGGAUUUCGAAUUAUUGAUUGCCUUUUCGAAGAUGAAUGAAGGAACGGAAACGAUUUUGGAAUAUCUUCAACACAUUGAGGAAUUUUUUGAAACUCGAGUAUUUUCCGUUGAUUCAAUCACUCUUCCAAAAUUGGGUGAUUUUUUUACUAAAUCACAAAUGAAAUCAACAAAUUUCGAUCAAGAAACGAAGGAGAUUUUAUUGAAAGUGAUCGUUGCAUGGGACGAAAAGGCUCAAAAAGAGUUAUUAAGACUCGAUCAAGCAUGUAUUUGGGGUUUAUAUGGCAAUGGAUAUCUUCGAGGCUCAAAAAAACAAUUGGUUUUC